GGCUGGUACUGAUCCUUCUAUCUCGUUUGAGUAUAGUAUUGAUUAGAGGUCGACCGAUUCAUUGGAAUGGCUGAUUAAUUAGAGCCAAUUUCAAGUUUUCAUAACAAUCGGAAAUCUGUAUUUUUGGACACCGAUUUGGCCGAUUUAAAAAAAAAAUCUUACACCUUUAUUUAACUAGGCAAGUCAGUUAAGAACACAUUCCUAUUUUCAAUGACAGCCUAGGAAUUGUGGGUUAACUGCCUCGUUCAGGGGCAGAACGACAGAUUUUCACCUUAACAGCUCAGGAGAUUUGAUCUUGCAACCUUACAGUUAACUAGUCCAACGCUCUAACCACCUGCCUCACGAGGAGCCUGCCUCAUACGCGAAUGCAGUAAGCCAAGACAAUGCCGGGGGUGAUAAAUAUGGACGAGUUGACAGACGUGGAUAAGGCUAAAAUGGAAAGAGACCAAAAGAAGAUUGAAGUCAAGCUUGAGAGAUGGAUGACGUCUAAGUGCUGCACUGAGUUUAUGGAGGCAGUUCAGGCCGGUGUAGAAGAGGACACUCUGGUCAAAGGCAUCGCAGAAGACAAGAACCCAUUCAAGGAGUUGAAAGGUGGAUGUGUCGUCUGCUGAAGAGGACAGGAGUCAGAACAGACAGUGGAGAUUUUCAUUCACUGAUUAGACCCUCUCUAGUGCCCAAGGACAUGCCCCCUUCCUAGGAAACAUAGCUGGAUCAGCAAUAGCUAACCAAGAGGC